AUGGGAAAACCACGUGUCGUGUACUGGUUUCGAACAGAUCUGCGACUCCACGAUUCUCCUGCCUUACGAGCUGCCCUUGAUCUAGAUCCAGCCACUUUAUGGCCCAUAUUUACUUGGGAUCCUCAUUAUGUAUACCGAGCCAAAGGAGGAGUCAACAGAUGGCAAUACCUGCUCGACUGCCAGGCUGAUCUUUCGGCCUCUAUUCAAAAACUAAACUCCAAGUCAAAGCUCUUCAUACUACGUGAAGCACCACAGACUCUUUUCCCCAAACUAUUCAAAGCUUGGAACGUGACACACCUAGUCUUUGAGAGAGAUACAGAUGCUUACGCCCGAAGCAGAGACAAGGCCGUAACAACGUUGGCCGAAAAUGCCGGUGUGAAAGUAAUUACUCGGUAUGGACGUACAUUAUGGGAUAGCGACGAAGUCGUCGCAUAUCAUGGAGGAAACCCAACCAUGUCUAUCACCCAACUUCAAGCGGCUGGGCACAAGGUUGGGGAAAUACCCAGGCCUAUACCAGCUCCCAAGUAUUUACCAGACCCGGGAGAGAUGCCCAUUAACUUCGAGCAGCAAAAGCCAGAAACGGAACCGGAUCUCAACGCACCACAUCGUCGUGGUAUAGACAAAACGUAUUCCUAUAUUGCAGGACCCAGGGGCGACUUCGCUAUCGCGACCAUCGACGAGCUUGGGUUUUCAGCAGCAGCCACAACACCGCAUCGUGGCGGUGAAACGCGCGCUCUCAAAACCCUGGAGGAAAUUUUCUCUAACGAGAAAUAUGCUGCAACGUUUCAAAAGCCAAUAACCAGCCCAGCAGCAUUUGAGCCACAGUCAACAACUCUUCUGUCGCCAAUGCUUCACUUUGGUGCGCUCUCAUCGCGUUUGUUUUACUGGCGGGCGCAAGAUGUAGUCGAAAAGUACGGUAAAGGGGCGUCCUCGCCUCCUGAGAGCCUGACUGGCCAAUUGCUGUUUCGAGACAUGUACUUUGCUGCGCAGGCCGCAAUAGGGUCACCUUUUGUCGGCAGCGAUGCAAGUGAAAAUAUUAACAACGGCGAGUAUCAUGUCGACUCAUCGCAAGCCGAGGAGUGGUUCCAACGUUGGAGGGCAGGUAUGACGGGGUUUCCCUUUGUCGACGCCCUGAUGCGCCAGUUAUGUGCCGAGGGCUGGAUCCAUCAUCUGGGGCGACAUAUGGUGGCGUGUUUCCUGACUAGGGGCGGUUGUUAUGUACACUGGGAGCGUGGAGCCGAUGUUUUCGAAGAGUGGCUGAUCGAUCAUGAGCCAGCUUGCAAUGCCGGUAACUGGCAGUGGCUAAGCUGCACCGCGUUCUACUCCCAAUACUAUCGUUGCUACAGCCCAGUUGCGUUCGGGAAGAAAUGGGAUAAGAAUGGUGAAUUAAUACGAAGAUGGGUACCCGAGCUAAAGAAUUUGGAUGAAAAGUUCAUUUAUGAACCUUGGAAAGCUAGUCAGGCUGCUCUUGAUAAUGCCGGCGUGAAAAUCGAGGGCGAUGGGCUCCAUGAAAAAAAGGCCGGGACUUACCCAACUCCGAUGUUUGACUUUGGGGAGAGAAGAAGUAUCUGCAUGGCUGCGAUGAAAAGGGCAUAUUCUAUCGGACUACAUGGAAAUGAUGACAAAGUUAAGGAUGGGACUUGGAAAGAGGAAUUUGAAAAAGCGGGCGAAACAGAGAUGGAAGGCCUUGGUGGCAAUAGCCAGGAGGAGGAAUAUGAGGAGGAGGAGCAUUCGAAUAAUGUUCAGUAUAACAAGAAGGAGAAAGGAAACCGGGGCAGUAGCAAGCAUGCAAGAAGUCAAAGUGCCGUGGUCAAGGAAGGGCCAAUGGACAAAUUCACUAAAAGAUUAAGGAGAUGA